GGAAUAUUCUCGUCCUCAUCGUGUUCCUGAAGAGUUUGCGCAUGCGCACCCGCACCAACCUGUUCCUGGGCAACCUGGCUCUGGCGGACCUGCUAGUGGGCGUGUUCUGUGUGGUGCCCAACAUGUGUCAUUAUGUGCUGGAACAGUGGUAUCUGGGGCAGCAUCAGCCAGCUACAGCGUCCCCCUCCUCCUGGUGUAUGACACUCACUCCCGGGGCGGUCACACCUACUGUUACUUCUCCACCAGCGUGCGGUCUGAGCACUACUUCCUGGCUACCUUCGUGGUGUGGUACGCCCUGCCCCUGCUCACCAUGACCGCCAUGUACUCCAAGGUCGCCGCCACACUGUGGAGGAGCAGCAGGCACGCGCGGAUGUUGGGCUAUGGGAGGCGGGCUGCCCCAGGCCCCGGGGACCGGCCAUGUGUCCGCGCGCGGAACGUCAGAACCCCCGGACAUGACAGGUCACGUGAUAGAACAGCCUCGUCCAAACUGGCAAAGGGUUGCCAUGGUGACGGCGACAACAGCCGGGACAUGUCGGGAGAGAGAGUGGCCACGCCCACUUUGGACAGGGAGCUGCAGGGGAACUCGUCAGUGUCUUCUUACCUGUCGGAGGAGGCGCUCAUGUUUGGGGACAGUCUGGAUUGUUUAGAGUUGAGAGAUAGACUAGAGAUGAGAGAUAGACUACAGAGAGACAGCCUAGAGUUGAGAGACAGCCUAGAGCUGAGGGAAAUUGUCCCCCUCCACGCGCUGACCCCAGGUCCUGACGUCACUCUGUCGGCCACCACCACUUCCGGCCGACACAGCAGACGGUCACGUCGCCACGUGAGGCAGGGAGAGACUCCCAGAGGCGACACGCUCACCCCCGACACGAGCACCCACGUCACGUGCCAGUACCGCGUCACGUCAGAGCGCACGUCACGUCGACACGUGGUCCGGCUGUUGCUGGUGGUGCUGUCCACGUUCGCCGUGUUGGUGCUGCCCCACCACGUGCAGCACCUGCUGCUGUACGCCCACGUCCGCGUGGCACCGGGCCGCUUCACGCCGCUGUUCCCCGUCCUGGCCAACCUGAUGCUGUACCUCAACUCCGCCAUCAACCCCGUCCUCUAUAGCCUGCUCUCCCGGAGCUUCCGACACAGUCUGCGCGAGUCUCUGGCCUGUUGUUGGCGGGGACACGGCGCACACACUCGCACGCCCGCCCAACACACACACCGACACACACAAACAGACACACACAGACACACACAAACAGACACACACUUGUCCACACCCGCCCGACACAGGGCAGAGACCACGUCCAGUUCACGGAAAACUACCUUCUCCUUCUGAACACACAGACAGACAGACUGAAAGACAGACAGACAAACACACACACACAGACAGACAGACAAACACACAUACACAAACACACACACGCACAUAAAACCCCAAAGAAAAACACUCCCAAUAAGUUCUUUAAAAAACCAAAAAAAACCAACAACAAUACAACGCAAACACAAGCAAUUGCACAAAAGGAAACAACCAACCAACCAACCAACAAACCAACAAACAAAUCAACCAACAAACAAACAAA